AGUACAGUCCAGUGAGAAAGAAACUCCAUAUUAUACCAAGUCAAUAGGGGAACUGAAUCGGCCAUACAGUAUUCGUUAAAAGUAGCGUGUGCAUAUCCAUCCGGGUCCCGACCCUACGUACAAAACAGGGACAGUAGUUUUUGAUUUUUUGAAGAUAGAAUUUGGUUCAGAUUCCAUUUGCUUACAAUAAUUCUAUAUAAAUACGCCAUUAGAUCGUUUCCAAGAUUUGUGUAUACUUCCAUUAUAUCUUCGGCAACAAUGGCCAAACUUCCUCUUCUUGCUGUUCUCCUAUUCCUUCUUCCUCUCUUGGCCUUGUGUGCAGAAAAACAGGUGUAUAUAGUAUAUUUUGGAGAGCACAGUGGAGAAAAAGCAUUGCAUGAGAUUGAAAGUACCCAUCAUUCAUAUUUGCUCCAUGUGAAAAAGACUGAGGAAGAAGCCAGAGAUUCUCUUCUCUACAGUUACAAGCACAGCAUCAAUGGCUUCGCUGCAGUGCUCUCCCCAGAUGAAGCCUCCAGAUUGUCUGAAAUGGAAGAGGUGGUGUCUGUAUGGCGGAGCUACCCAAGGAAGUACUCAUUGCACACAACAAGGUCAUGGGAAUUUGUAGGGUUGGAAGAGGAAGAUGGUGGUCAUCGUCCAUACUUCUUCAAGAAUAUGGGGGAAGAAUUAUUAUCCAAAGCCAAAUAUGGCCAAGAAGUCGUUGUUGGUCUCUUGGACAGUGGUGUAUGGCCAGAAUCUCAGAGUUUCAGUGAUGAAGGAAUGGGACCCAUUCCAAAAUCAUGGAAAGGAAUCUGCCAAUCUGGACCUGCUUUCAAUUCAUCCAAUUGCAAUAAGAAAAUCAUUGGAGCUCGAUAUUACAUCAAGGGUUAUGAGCAAAACUAUGGUCCCCUAAACACUUCAUUGGACUACCGAUCAUGCCGUGACACAGACGGCCAUGGAACACAUACAUCCUCAACCGCUGGAGGAAGGACAGUUGCUAAUGCCUCAGCCAUCGGUGGCUUUGCCCGUGGCACUGCCUCUGGUGGCGCCCCAUUGGCUCGCCUUGCCAUUUACAAAGUGUGCUGGCCAAUACCAGGCAAAUCAAAAUCUGAUGGAAAUACAUGCUUUGACGAAGACAUGUUUGCAGCCAUCGACGAUGCCAUAGCAGAUGGUGUUAAUGUACUAAGCAUAUCGAUUGGGACCGCUAGUGCUCUAAAUUACACCGAUGAUCCCAUUGCCAUUGGAGCUUUACAUGCUAUUAAGAAAAACAUUGUUGUGUCAUGUAGUGCUGGAAACUCUGGUCCUACCCCUUCAACUUUAUCAAACCCGGCUCCAUGGAUCAUCACUGUGGGUGCUAGCAGCGUGGACAGAGAAUUUAUCGCACCUGUUGUGCUUGGAAAUGGCAAGAAACUACAGGGACAAACUGUGACACCAAGCAAGCUAGAAAGGAAGAUGUACCCUUUAGUAUAUGCUGCAGAUGUAGUUCAAGGGAAUGUAUCCAAAGACAUGGCAGGACAAUGCCUUCCAGGCUCUCUUUCACCAGAGAAGGUCAAGGGAAAGAUAGUGUUGUGCAUGAGGGGUAGUGGGUUAAGAAUUGAGAAAGGCAUAGAAGUGAAAAGAGCAGGGGGUAUUGGUUUUAUAUUGGGAAACAGUAAGGCAAAUGGAGAUGAGCUAGCUUGUGAUGCUCAUCUUCUUCCUGCCACUGCAAUACUUUAUACCGAUGCUGUUAAAAUACUUGAAUACAUUAACUCUACCAAAAAUCCAGUUGCAACUAUUAUACCAGGAAAAACAGUGUUGCAUACUAAGCCAGCACCUUCCAUGGCUGCAUUCUCUAGUAGGGGUCCAAAUAUCAUAGACCCCAAUAUUCUCAAGCCGGACAUCACAGCUCCAGGUCUGAAUAUCUUGGCGGCAUGGACAGGGAUGGAUUCACCUACAAGGUAUGAAGGAGAUCAUAGAGUUGUUAAGUAUAAUAUCUUCUCUGGGACAUCAAUGUCUUGCCCUCAUGUUUCUGGAGCAGCAGCACUUCUCAAAGCCAUACACCCUACUUGGAGUAGCGCUGCCAUAAGAUCAGCUCUCAUGACCACAGCUGAUGUAAUAAACAACGUGGGCUUACCGCUGACCGAUGCAUCUGGCGAGUUUGCAACUCCCUUUGCAUAUGGUUCUGGUCACUUUAGUCCCAUCAAGGCAGCAGAUCCUGGCCUUGUAUAUGAUGCUUCAUACACAGACUACCUUCUGUACUUAUGCAGUGUAGGAGUCAAAACUGUCGACCCAAAGUUCAAGUGUCCAACAACGCCCCCCACUUCAGUCAACCUUAACUAUCCUUCUUUGGCAAUCUCCAAACUCAAUGGCACAGUGACUGUAAAGAGGACAGUCACAAAUGUAGGUUGGGGAAAGAGCAUUUACUUCUUUACCUCCAAGCCACCUGUGGGAAUCUCUAUAAAGGCUAACCCAUGCAUAUUAUUAUUUGAUCACACUGGCCAGAAGAAGAGCUUCAUAAUAACGGUUGAAGCAAGAAAGGAGACACUAAGUAAGCAUCAAAACAACGAGUAUGCUUUUGGUUGGUAUACAUGGAGCAAUAUUUUCCAUACUGUUAGAAGUCCCAUCGCAGUGUCUUUAGCAUAAUUGUUUUUCAAGAUUUAGGCACUUUAUGUUCUGUUUCUUCAUUUCAAUCCAAAUUAUAUAUAGGGGAAUAGAGAUAAGAGACAGGGAACUACCUUUACAUUAGGAUAUAAGAAAUGGAAGGACUAGGAUAGGAAUUAUCGUUGUGGGGUCUUUUUUCUUC